GGUCAUGUGACUAAUUGAGGUUUCAAUAAAAACUGGGUCAGCCAGUUGACGUGUUUCACUGUGGUUCUAGAAGGAGCGGAGAAAGAUGGAGCUGCUACCCACGGCGAACUUUCUACAAAUUCUAGCCGUUGUAACUCUAGUAGACUUUGCGGGAUCUGAGGUCUUUACUUCCCUCAGUGACCUACAAAAGGUGCUCCUUACAGAAAAAGAUAUAGCCCUAGAAAUAAAAAGCCAUAUAGAAAUGGAGGAGGAGAGGUUAAAACGAUUAAAAAAAGUUGCGGAAGACUAUGAGCGGCAUAGUCAAGAAGCUUUGAGUGAUAUAGAAAAGCAUUUGGGCAACCCAGUGAAUGCAUACUUGUUAGUGAAAAGGUUCACAAUAGACUGGGAAAGAAUUGUAGAUGGACUUGUUAAAGCUAAUUCCACAGAUUUAAUUGCUCGUCUUCACAAUAGAGGGUCAGAGUUCCCAGUGCAAGAAGACUUCGAGGGGGCUGCAACUGCCUUGCUGAGGUUACAGGACACUUACAACCUCCCAACUGCUCAGAUUGCCAAGGGGGAACUGCAGGGAGUCAAGAACUCUCCAGAAAUGACAGCGGAGGAAUGUUUUGUACUGGGCAAGUAUGCCUACACUGAGGGGAACUGGUACCACACGGUGAACUGGAUGCAGCAGGCCCUGGCUAUCUGGCAUAAAGAGGAGGUUAAAACUGUCGGCAUGGGGGAGAUUAUGGACUAUCUGGCAUAUGCUCUCACAAUGCAAGGGAAUGUUGAGCAUGCACGCAAGCUCACCAAACAACUGUUAGAACUUGAUCCCAAUCAUCCAAGAGCCGUCAAUAAUUUACGCUAUUAUGAAAAACUGCUGGAGACGGCUGAUCAGGAAAAAAAGCGCGGAGAAGAGGAAGAUUUGCCAGAAAUUCAAAACCAGCGACUUCUUGAUGAUUACAGAAAGGGUCAAGAAUUCAAGCAGUAUGAAGCUCUUUGUAGAGGAGAGGAUAUCAUUCCUGAUCCCAACAAACACAAGCUGAAAUGCCGUUACACACACAACAAUCGUCCUAAUCUGUUAUUACGGCCUCUGAAGGAAGAGGAGGCAUUCUUGGAUCCAAGGAUUUUGUUUUAUCAUAACAUGCUCUCAGAUUUUGAAAUAGAGACAAUAAAAAGGCUUGCUGCACCUAAGCUGGCACGUUCCACAGUGUUUGAUACCUCUGAUGCAUCAAAGCCAUCCACUCAAAAUUACCGUACAAGUAAAGGUGCAUGGCUGAAGGAAGAUGAAGAUGCUGUCAUUAAAAGAGUCAACCAAAGAAUAAAAGAUGUCACCCAAUUGGACAUGACUAUGGCUGAAGAUCUUCAGGUGGCUAAUUAUGGGAUAGGUGGGCAUUAUGAGCCUCACUUUGACUUUGCAAGAAAAGAUGAAUCUAGUGCUUUUGAUACCAGAGUAGGAAACAGGAUAGCUACUCUGCUUAAUUAUAUGAGUGAUGUCACUGCUGGAGGUGCCACAGUGUUUAUUCCUAUUGGGGUCAAAGUUUUUCCUAAAAAGGGUUCUGCUGUGUUUUGGCACAACCUAUACAGGAGUGGAGAAGGCGACUUCAGGACAAGACAUGCAGCUUGCCCAGUUUUAGUGGGACAGAAAUGGGUUUCAAAUAAAUGGAUUCAUGAACGAGGCAAUGAACUAGUGAGAACAUGCGGCCUGAGCCCAUAUGAAUGAAGAUCAGAUGACAGCCGUUUAUUGAGGAACCUGUGAACUUCUACAGAAAUCAUUUCUGCUUUCUUUUUGUCUUCCUUUGUAGUGUCUGCUAGAGAAAAUUUUGUUUUUUUUUCAUCAUGAAAAACCCCAAACUGUACAUAUUUCAUGUAUAUUGGUAAUCCUUCUGAUAUGCUUACCUUUGAAGGUCUUCCUGCCUCUGAAACAAAAUGUUUUUUGUUGAAGUUCACAUAAACUUUGGCUGAGCUGAUGAUGAGCUUGACAAGAACAAUUUAUUAGCUGUGAUAUUGCUCUGCCAGCUUACAAUUCUUGGAGCACAAGUUCACACACCAAAAAAUUCUAUUUUUGGCUUUGAUUUAAAUAGGUCACACCAUUCACAAUAUCUAAUAUUGGGAAGAUGAAAAUGCUCAUUCAUGCUGCUGCUUUAAGCUUACCAAAUAAUGUGGUGUUUUUUCACAUAACAGAGCUUUUUCUCUGGGCUUUGAUUUUCUAUCAACAAAGUAUUUUUGUUGUUCAUUUUAACAAUCAGCCUUAAAGGUAAAUAAUAACAUUUAACCUGAAGUUUUUCAACCACUGGUAGUUAUUUCAAAUAGUUAAUAAUUGCACAUUUAAGUAUAAAGAUUGGGUUCUGACUGCAUUAAACAGCACAUAACUGAUGAGGGAGUUGCUUACUAAUAAAAAGCAUGAUUGUUACAG